AUGUCUAUGGAAAACAUGCAAGUAAAGGCUGACAAUAUGCCUGAUGAAACAAACCCGGAGUAUGCUGGCUUGUCCCUAGAAGGGAUCGAUAUCACGCAAUCUUUUGAAAGCGAGCGAGGCAGAAAGGUUGUGCAUAAGAUCGAUCGACGACUGAUCAUAAUUAUUGCGGUUCUUUACUUGCUGGCACAUAUCGAUCGCGCAAACAUCGGAAAUACAGCUAUUGAAGGGAUGCGGGAGGAGCUUGAACUGCAAGGCAAUCAAUACAAUAUUGCGUCGACGAUAUUUUUUGUACCUUAUAUCGUUUUCGAAAUUCCCUCUAAUAUGGUGUUGAAACAUGUGCGACCAGAUAUCUAUUGGGGAACCAUUAUGACCUGCAUGGGCGCAGUGCAGAAUUGCUCAGGUCUUCUUGCCUGCCGAGUCAUGUUAGGAUUAGCAGAAUGCAGGCUGGAUUUUUUCCCUAGCGCCGUUUUCAUAGUCAGCAGUUGGUACAUACGCACGGAGCUGCAACAGCGUCUCGCCUUAUUCUGUACCGCAUCGGCUUUUUCCGGUUCUUUCAGUGGCCUCCUCGCCUAUGCUAUCGCCAAACUUGAUGGUGUAGGCGGUCUUGCCGCCUGCGCCGUUACGGUAGCUGUAGCCAUUGUGAUGCCAUUCAUCAUCAUUCAAUCCCCGGAACGAGUAAGUUGGUUGACUACGGAAGAGAAAAGAUUUAUCGAUAUCCGCCUGCGUCUUGCAGCUCUGCUGUUUCAUGCCAUGUUUGAUUGGAAGGUCAACUUGGGCAUCAUAAUGGUCUGGGUAAAUGCAGCGCCAUCAUCAGCAUUCAAGUUCACAUUGCCCAAGAUACUUACCGAGUUUGGAUAUACAUCAUCGAAAGCUCAGCUUACGUCCAUACCUCCCUAUGUUGCCGGUGGCAUCUCUUCAUGGCUCGUUGGUCGCACUGCUGAUCGCUUCGCCUGGAGAUUCCCAUUCAUUGUUGGCCUAAUGUGCCUGCUGUUGGCUGGAUUAGCCAUCUUGUACAGUUUGUCCAAGAACCUCGCCGUUCAUGUCUCCGUCAUGUACUUUGCGAUUAUCCUGGCACAGAUUGGCAUAUAUCCUCUAUUACCUGGUGUUUCGGCUUGGACUGGCAAUAACCUGGCUCCAUUUUGGAAGCGUUCUAUCGGGCUUGCGUGGAUGCUUGCGGCCGGAAAUUUUGGAAGUCUGAUCAGAACUAACAUCUUCUUACCUAAAGAAGCCCCGAAGUAUACCACAGGCUACGCUACUUCAAUUUCUAUAGUUAUAUUAGCGAUGACAGCCACGAUACUGCAGGAAAUACUCCUGUGGCAAGAAAACAUAUCCCGAGCCAAAGUGUCAGAAAACGAUAUCAGGUCACAAUACACUCAGGUUGAACUCGAUGCUCAGGGUGAUGGAAGCCAACUAUAUCGGUAUACCCUUCGAAACGAGCAUAGUUUUCCUGGUUCCAUCAAGGAUUAUGUUGCGGGAUGA